AUGGCCGAACAUUCCACCCAUAUUCGACACGUAUUCCUUUACGAGUUCGAAUCUGGCCACCCCGCUGCUGAAGGUCAUCGAAACUUAAGUCAAGUAUUCGGCACUGAAGCCCCUUCUGAGCGGUCUGUGCGUUCCAGCGCUUUAAAGCCGGAAACAAGAAACUCGAAGGUGAAUCUUCUCUACCACGAACCACGAGCGCACGAAAUUUCACAAUUUUUCGAGGUGCUGCAACUGCUCACCACCGGCGAACGUUACCUUCUGAUGAGAGCCGACAAAGACAGACAUUCGCUUAAUAUGCACUUAUUCUUCGUUAAUACUUACAGACCGUAUUGUAUGGACAGAUAUUUACGGAUGUACACCUAUGACUAG